AUGGAGAGAAGGACCCGAUUGCUUCUCCUUCUUCUCUUCCUACUAAACAUAAUCACCACCGCCCUCGCCGCCUCACCGACGACUUUCUGCAAAUGCACCUGCGCCGGCAACAGCACCAUCAUUGCCCUUGACGGCGCUCCUCCCACCACGGCCGCCCCACCCCAUGCCCUACUCGAACGCAAACCAGGCGGCAGGACAUGCAGCGACUGCAACCGGCAGUUCUGCCUAGACUAUAAUCUGCCCAAGUGCAAGAACGCGAAGGAGGAGGAGGUCUUUACGACAUGCUUUCAGCGUGACUCGGCGAAGGACGAGGCUGUGGUGUUUAUCUUCAUAUUCGCAACGGUGGGACUCCUAGUGUAUGCUGCGGUGAGGCCGUGGGUGGAGCAGUGGGCUGAGGUGAGCUCGAAUCUUGGGCCAGUUCAGGGGAGUUGGUAUUAA